AUGUUGAGUUACUUGUGGUGCAGUAAAGCAAUAUUGAUUCAAUCACGUUUUAUGAGAUUUUUAGAUGAUAAGCAUGAAAAUAAAUCCGCUUGUAAAUCAAUAACGAAAAGAUCAUCACGUCAUGUUGAAGUUGACAAUGCUUAUCUUAGCAAAAUAUUUCAUUUCUUCCACAAUAAAUAA